AUGAAUGCCCAAGCGGAUCUUUGCGCCGACUGUAGUACAUCAUCCCCGAAAUGGGCGUCUGUCAAUAGAGGUGUACUGUUAUGUGAUGAAUGUAGUUCCAUUCACCGACAGCUAGGAAGACAUAUAAGCCAGGUUAAACAUCUUGAGAAGUCACGCUGGAGGCCGUCACAACUUUCUAUGGUACGCUAUUUGGCGUCUGCUGGUGCAAAUGGGUAUUGGGAACAUGUACUGUACGAACCUAUGCUUGCUGGGUUAAAUUCAGAUAAUCGAUCCAGCAAAGCAUUUCAUCCUCAUAAAAAACCUUUACCUACUGAUCCAGUGCAUCCAACCAAAGCUGAUUUUAUACGUGAAAAGUAUUUGUUUUUGGGAUUUUUUAAGAAACCACGAAACGUUAACCAUGAUGAUUUAAACCAGCAACUCCAUGCUAGUGUAAGGACAGGAGUUUUAGAGACCAGUCUGUAUUUACUUGCUUUGGGUGCAAAUCCAAAUUUUCUUCAUCCAAUCAAAGGCACAGCACCUAUUCAUGUUGCAUGUCAAUAUGGUCAAAUUGGUCAGGUAGAAUUGCUGUUAGCCUAUGGGGCAGAUGUUUGUAUUCGUGAUUCAUCUGGGAAAACCGUAAUUGAUUUAGCAUUAGACAAAGCAUUAGCAUUAAAUGAAUCGAUUAUUUCUAAAGAAAAGAUGGUAACAAUGUCAAAUGAAGAGAAAUUACAAUCUGCUUGGUCUUCUAUGGUUGAUGUAUUAGUUUCAGCGUAUUAUGAUUUGACAGAUAGUUUAGCUUAUUUUCUUACACGUCAUGUACCUGAUCAUAAAGCAGCUGUUUUUGGUGGAAUCAAUAAAAAUAUAAAUCAUAGUAAUGAACUAUCAGUGAAUAAUAAUAACAGUGAAAUAAUAACAAAUGGUCAUUUCUUAAUUUCAACUUCAUUAAUACAUGAAUCGAAUGGUACAUCAUUGGCACCGAAAUCAACGAAUUUAAAAUUAACUAAUUCUUCUGGACAAACUAUUACUUCCACUGCUACCUCAAAUGUUGAACAAGCAGACGACCAAGAAGAUUGGAUCAUUAAAGCUAGAGGAAGAUUAAAUAAUCUAUCUAAUAAUGCAUUUAUCGAUUUAUGUAUUGAUGUAUAUGAUGAAGCAGAUCGUCGUUUAACAAAUUCAUUUCUUGAAAAUCUGGAUACAUUUAAUAAUCAGAAACAUUUAACCAACUAUUCAGUAUUCAAUGGUUCUCAUGUUAGCAAAACUGAUGCGGACGACAACAAUGACAACAACAACAUCAGUACAAAGAAUGAACUACAUAAUAGUAUAAUUAAAGAGACCAGACCUGGCUGUAGACCAUCUUUACAUAAGACAACAACGACAACACUACGUCAAACAUCUGCAAUUACUAAUUUAACGCUAUUUUUUCUACCUCCAAAUACAACUUAUUCAUCAGUACGUAAUCAAGCACGUCAAAAAUUAGGUCGACUAUCUACCAUUGAAUUUCAUACUUUAACACUAGAUGUUCUCACUGAAGCAUCGAUACGUUUAUUGCCAUUAUUUUUACCAUUGACCAAUGUAAUAAAUCCGACUGGUACAGCUGUUACUGCUCCAGCUACAACGACUGUUGAGAUGUCUUUCAAAAAAUCAAGAAAAACACAGCAUUCAUAUACAGACUAUUUUAAUACAGAUAAACGACAACAAUUGAAUGAAUUUAUUGUUGCGCGUCGCAAUGGUCCUUUACCAUCAUUACCCUCACCUAAGAUAAAAGAUAAUCAUAUAGAUGAUGUUGAACGUUUACAUAGCACUAAUAAUAGUGAUGGUAGUAGUAGUCCAUGUGAUAAUUUAAAUAAACAAUUAAAUAAUGAAUGUAAUGAUAUUUCACAAGAAGCAUUGAUUUCGGAGAAUUUACCAGAUCAUGAAAAUUUACGAUUAGAAAUGUCAUCAUCAUCACCACCUCAGGUGAAUGCAAAAAGUGAACUUUUAUUAGAGAAAUUCGUUCGUCCUCGUGAUGACCCUGUAUAUGAUCAGGUGGCUGGUGAAGGUGAUUUAAGUGAGAAUGCUUUGUCCAACGUACAAACAGUUACAUCUGAUCAUAAUAUGCUUUCUGUGGAUAUUGAAGAAAGCAGUUUAAAUAACCAACAAAAUAUAACAGAAAGUUCAUUAUUUAAGCAUAGUAAUGCUUCAUUAACAGCUCCAUUAUCACCAUCCACUGGAAGAGAGUCUAGUCAUCAUACCCAACAAAUAAGUGAUGGCAAUGAUGAAUCAGAUUCAAUCGGACCAAUACCUCCAAUUACAAGUCGUCCAGGUCCAUUGCCUGGAUCACGUAGGCUACAUUUAUCACAUACUGGUCGUAUAGCUCAGCAUAGAGCUAGUGUACCAACGGCUAAUACUAUCACUACUAAUUCCGAUGUUACUGGUUGUGGUAGUAAUCCUCUUUCUCUAUCCGAGUCAACAAGCAGUAUCGUAAAAUCAUCUGAUUCACCAAAAAAUCUCACACAACAUUCUUUAAUUGAUUCUAUCAGUGCAGAAAAUUCUAACGAUAUUCAAGAUCGUUCACUUCAGUCUCAUGCACAUUAUCAUCGUCAUCCGGAAUCUUGUUGUGUAGCUGCUCGUAAUGAAGUGGAACGUUUACACAAAGAGAAUAAUGAAUUAAAAGUACAAUUAUCUGAUUUACAAAAUAGUAAAGAUAUUGUAGAACAACGUUUAGAAGAUUUGGAAGGACGUAUAAUUCAACUAGAUUCUAUUGUUCAAGUUUUAAAAGAGGAAAAAUCUGCCUUAUUAGCGGCUUUUUCAGCUGGUAUGGUUAUGGUUCAUAAUCCAUUAAAAAUCAGCUGUGAUUCAGAUGGUCAACAACUGACCAGCGAAACACCAAUCACAACAACGACAACAACAUCAGUUGGAGUGUACUCAUCCAAUUUGAAAGCUACCAAAGUUAGUGGAACACCUUUAACACAUUAUCAAUGGGAUUAUGAAAAAGAUGAAGAUAGAAGUAGAGUAUAUGGUGAAGAAAUAACGGAUAAUGGUGAAGAACAUGGUGAUGAUGAAGUUGGUGAAGUGGAUGCUGAACAAUAUAAUGAUGACUCUGAGUAUGAUAUGGAACGAGUUAUUGUCGCUGGUGGCAGUAAUGAUAAAUCUAGUAAUGAAGGCAAUUAUGCAAUGGGUUCACAUUGUCUAGAUUCUGGUGUACUACUUAGACAAGGUAUUAUUCUACGUGGAAGUAGAGGUGGAUCACCAGCAUCGGUAACUGGUGGUGGUGUAACGCAUCAAACAGGUUUCGGUCAUUCUCAUCCUUCUAUUUCUCAAACGAAUUUUAUAGCGCCAUCAUUUCGUGGUCUUGUAAAAAGUAAUAAAUUACCUAGUAGAAAUAAUGAAGAACUAAAGCAAACAUUUGUGUUCACUUCAACUAGUCAUAAUGUUGUCUCAUCUGCACCACAAAAUAUUCCAACUUAUGUUAAUACUCCACAUCUUAUUCAGCAUCCUUUGUCCAAAUCAAAACCAACGUUAGUGUCGGGUACUUCAAUCACACUUGCUGAUGCUUUAAAUCCUGAUAUACCAGAUGAUUAUACUGCACCUAAUGCUACUGGUUCCCCUUCUCCGGCACCAAUACCGAUCAGUCAAAAUCUAGCGAAUCAGUUGUGUAGUCAUGUUACAACAACCAGUCCAAAUAUGAAUAUUCCUAGUAGUCAUCAUCAUCGUCAUCAUCAUCACCAUCAGGGAAAAUUAUCACGUCUACUGAAUUCACAUUUGAACAAGCCAACAAUGAUUGAUAGUAAAAAGCCGUUACAUCAUUCAGAAGUUUUAGUAUCUAUAAGUAAGUCGUCUCCAGACUACGAUAACGCUUCUCGUUCAUCCUCAUUAAUACACUCAUCCAAUGAGUCGUUUCAUCAAAUCGAUAAACAUUCUAGACCAGGUGGUGGUGGUGUUGUCGUUGGGGUUAGUGGAGAUCAAGUUUGGAAAGCUCCAAGUUCUGAACGAGUUGUCCGAUGCGUCGAAACAAUUAUUAUGCGCAUUCGAAGUUUGGUAGAGAUCGCUAAUGGUGAUCGUCAUGGUAACAAUAGUGCUCAUUGUUCUCGUUUAAUUCAGUUAGCAGUCAAAGAUUUAUUAAAUUUAUUCCCUUCUGAUGAAUCUCAUCCAGUGGAAGUGAAAAAUGCACUAAAUAAUCUUGCCACAGAAUCAGAAAAUUUACGGCAAGAUUGUGAACAAAUCACCGCUUCGUCUUCCUUCACAUCACCUUCCUCUUCUUCCAGUAUUGUUGGAUCUGUCAGUCAUAGUGGUCGACCAGUUCCACCGGAGAUCACUAUUCUAAUACGUCAUGCUCAUCAAAUUGCUAGAGCUGCAAAAGAUUUACUAUCGCUUUUUCAACGAUCCGAUCAAUGAAUUGUCACUAUGUCAGAAUGAGACUAUUAGUGUUCGUCUUACAUAAUAGCAACGGUAAUCAUAAUAAUAACUAACUGUUAUUAUCACUACGGUUAUGCAAUUUCUAAUUGAUUUUAUUUUAUGAUCACAAUGUCGAAAAAGAGAAACAAAAAAAUGAAACGGAGAAAACAAUCUUUGAAUUUAUAUGCGCGCCAGUUUCAGCAAUUCUUAUUGUGUAAUAUGGUCUAGUCAUUUAUCCCUUUUGUAUUAUCUUGAUGUUAUUUCUAUAAAUUAACAAUCAAACUUUUAUGAUUUAUUUACUGUCUUUUUUCAUUCAUAUUUUAAUUUGUUUAUUUCAAUCAUUUCAUGUUUGUUUGGUUUUUUUUAAUAUGGUGCGAUCGAUUUUAU